UUUUUGCCUAAACAUAUACUUCUUUCCAACCACAUUAAUGCCGUUUUUUGUGCAUUUGCCGUCGCAACUAUAUACCAACUACCCUUUGUCUUCACCCCCGUGGCUUGCCUUGGCUUCAGAUCCACCUCCACCACUUUCCAUGUUUUCCUUUUCGUCAUUCAAACUCUAUCGUCCUUCCCCCACCAUUCAACCCGCUCGAACGGCUGA